UAUUUUCACCUCCUCUCUCUUAUAUUUUCCUUUUAUUUUUUAAUUAAAAAAAAUUUUACAUUUUCCAUUAUUAUUUUUUCCUCCAUCGAGAUCGUGCAACUCGAAUAUCGGAUCGAGAGAUGCAGCUGUUGGACCCUAUACCAUAGAGGGCUUUACAUGGAAGUUGACGACUCCGAGGGAGAGAGAUUGAUCUGAGAAGGAACAGUUUAUGCUUUUUCUUUUCUUUUUGUUUUGAGAAAUUGAAGGUAUUGUGAGGGAAAAUGGAUCUCGAAGGAUCCCUUAGACCAUCAGUUUCUUGCAUUUCACAAUGAAAGAGAGAGAGGCAAGAGCUUGUAGGAGACGCGUUGAUUAUUUCCAUUUUCUGUUACCUUUUUUUCCCCCUUUUUCUUUCUUUCUUGCAAGGCACUGUUUGAUUAUGUAGUUGUUUUUCUCGUAAUUCUUUGCAUCUCGGCCUUUUCUUAGUGAUAAAAAGAGGAAAGAGAAAAUGUCAUCGUCGAACUCACCAUGUGCGGCGUGCAAGUUACUCAGGCGAAAAUGCACGCAAGAAUGCGUUUUUGCACCUUAUUUUCCACCGGAUCAGCCUCAAAAGUUUGCCAGUGUCCACAAGGUAUUUGGCGCCAGCAAUGUCUCUAAGCUUCUCAACGAUCUUAACGCUGCCCAACGAGAAGAUGCCGUCAAUUCCCUCGCUUAUGAAGCUGAGGAGCGUUUACGCGAUCCUGUCUACGGCUGCGUGGGUCUAAUCUCCAUCCUUCAAAAAAGACUCAAGCAACUUCAGAGUGAACUCUACCAUGCCAAGAAAGAGCUGGCAGAGUAUAUUGGGCCUAGUGCAAUGCUUCCCAUCUUGCAACCCUCGACGUUCAUGCCCCAACAGCAUAUGGGUAAUCCGUCCGCUUCCAAUGUAAUGCCCCAUAACAUGUUGCCGAUGAUGGGUAUUCCUACUGGCCCAGCGGAUGGCGGCCAAUUGAUGAUAAGCGAGCAUCCACAGCAGUCGCACCAGCAUCCAACACAUCAGCAGCAGCAGCAGCAGCAAUUUUUUGAGGCUCAGCAAUUGGCUGCUGCUGUAGCCGUAAGAGACCAGCAAGAGAUGUUUAGGACUUAUGAUCAGCAGCAGCAUCAAGAUCAAUCACAACAUCAGCAAGAGCUUGUGAGGUUUAACAGUGGAUUUGACGCAACUGGUUCGGUGACUGCUACUGGAUACAAUCAGCUAAGUGCCGCUUCUGCUAUGUCACCUUCUUUGGCUCUGGCCACCUAUGACAACCCUUACCAGAUUCAACCUCAAGUGGAGCACCAUCACCAUCACCAUCACCAUCAGCUUCAGGCACAGCUUUUCCUUCAACCGCAACAACAGCAACCUCUUCAACAAACCCAACAGCAACAGCAAAGGUCUGGAAGUGAAGAGGGCAGGAGCGUCGGUCCAUCUUGUUGAAGUUUUUUGCUAGUCAUAUUGACCUCCUUGCUAGUUCCAUUGAAGCAAUUUUCUAUUAUAGCUCGUAACUGCCAGAUAGGAGUUAACACGAAUAUGUAUAUGCAUAGAGUGAUAGAGAAAGAAAUUUUGGUGGGAGAGACUUAAGAUCUAUGAAGCAAGCAUUGUUUUUCGUGAUUGAAGAAUAUAGACGACUUUUAUGGAGAGAUAACAUUUUGAAAUAUAGGAUCGGCAUUUGAUUUCCGAGUACAGCUUUUUCUUUUCUAUUUCAUUUGGUAUGAAAUGGUUCACUCUUCUUAAUUUCUUACAAAAUAUAUGCAAUGCAUAAACUAGAAGUUGACAAGUUUCUUUAAAGCAUUUGCAUAGCAACAAUCUCUUUCAAGUUUUCUGGUCA